CAGCAGAAUCUACGCUCUAUCAACGCACCCAGCGACUCGUACCAAUGCAAAAAUGGAGCUACGCCGUCACUGGAAUGUGUCGAUCCGUUAGCAAGGCCCACCUGCUCUUGUAGUUGCACUAACGGCGUCAUAUUCAACCAAAUUCUCCCCAUGUCUCCACAGAAGGAUACCAACUGCGACUCUUGUGAAUUAGAGAAGAAAAAAUGUUUCGAUCGCGAACAAGAAUGCAGAGCCGAGAUCGUCAGUGUGGUAAAGGAUCAAGAAGACGCUAAAGCCUCC